AUGAUUGAAGAGCCAAGUCCGACCACAAGCCAAGGUGCGGAGCCGCCAAUUACCAGUUUAAGCCUCCGGGGUGAAAUCUACUCCGACAACAUAAGUCAGACCGAUCUUACUACAGUCAAUCAAGCCUUAACAAACGCUUGCUCUAAACCUUUUGUCAUGAAGCUUAUCCUGCUUGAUAUCAAUGGUAGCAGCGCACCGCUGAAAUGGCCCGGCUCUUGGCAUAUGUUAUUUUCCCUCCACCGCAUCCUAUACACUCUCGGUGAAAAAAAGUUCGCGGAGUCUAUUAACAUGCUCGGGCACGAUGUUGAGCAGUUGGGAUGGAACCUCCGCAUGGUUGUAGUGGACGAAAAAACCGUAGUUCUUGGAUUAGAACAGGCCAUUUACUACGUAGGGUCUCCAACACUCAUGGCAUCUGGAAACCUUGUAACGGUAGUCCGUCCAAUCCCCAGCGCCAUCGACAGGCUUCGUCAAAAUCCUCCUAAGUUGCAUCCCCGGGUCGCAAAGCUGAAGGUAAAAAGGAGCAAGACAUCACUGGCGAGAGUUAAAUGGCACGGGAAGAUAAUCCAGACAACCGAGCCUAACUCGUGGGCAGAGGUUACAGCCCUCGGCACGGCAAUGCACCCCGGCUUUCGUCUUAUUCAGGCUCAGCGUAAAGCUACGCAUGCCAAGGAAUACCUUAGUCUCUCCAGAAAGGUUUUAGGAUUGAAAAUCCACCAAAUGGAGGAAUAUGGAAAGCUCCAUGGGCUCCCAACAGCUGUGUACAAGUGCAUCAUCAAGUACAGGAACUCGGAGAAUCUUAUGGCGUGUCUGGAUGCCCUAGAGGAGACCGAGACUGGGGGAGAUCCUGAAGCAGAUGAUGAGGGCACUUGGCCCAUUUUUGAAGGACUACCUACAGAAAUCUCCACCGCAUAG